AUGUCUGAGCAAUGGCAGGUGAACCCAGAUAAUCGGAGAAGGCUGUUACAACUUCAAAAGCUGGGUGGAAACAAGAAAUGUGUGGAUUGCGGGGCGCCAAACCCACAGUGGGCCUCGCCUAAAUUUGGAAUCUUUAUAUGCUUGGAAUGUGCAGGAGUGCACAGAGGCCUCGGGGUGCAUGUUUCUUUCGUAAGGUCGAUUACAAUGGACCAGUUCAAGCCAGAAGAGCUGGAACGCAUGGAAAAAGGCGGUAAUGAGCCGUUCAACUCGUAUCUCGAAUCGCACGGCGUGGAUCCAAAACUGACUCACAAAGCCAAGUACAACAAUCCAAUUGCAGCCGACUACAGGGAUAAACUCACGGCGGAAAUUGAGGGCACAGAAUGGGUAGAGCCCGAGCACCCAGGCUUCGAUCCUAAGGCAUUGGUCGCUUCUGGUGGGCCUCCAGCCUCAGACCACAGUUCACGGGCAUCUACGCCCGCUGCGCCCAUUUCUGGAGGCUCUGUACCUCUAGAAUCGCGUAAGUCCACGCCCCAGAUCCCUGACGCGCAGCGUGAGAAGAACGAAGCGUACUUCGCGGAAUUGGGCAAGAAAAACAUGCUCAAAUCGGAUGCUUUACCCCCCUCCCAGGGAGGUAAAUACCAAGGCUUUGGUAACACGCCAGCAACCCCACAAAACCAAAGUGCUACUGGUCAAAUGGCUACCCUUUCUCUUGAUAAUUUGCAGAAAGAUCCACUUGGCACGUUUUCCAGGGGUUGGAGCAUGUUUUCUAGCGCGAUCACCAAACAUGUCGAAGACGUGAACGACAACAUGAUCAAGCCAGGAAUGCAGCAAAUGCAAGGAAAAGACUUAUCGGAGGAAACUCGCCGAGCGGCGGCGCAAUUUGGUCAGAAAUUCCAAGAAACCUCCGCUUUUGGGUACGAAGCGUUCUCGAAAUUCACUAAAAACCUACAAGGACAGUACCAACAGGGCUUUAAUCAGGCUCCAGCCACCGAAAGCCAGUUUUCUAAGCUUUUCGAUGAUAUGGGGCAAGAACAUUCAUCUGUCGCAGGGACCAAAUCGAAAAAAUCCGAAGACGAGUGGGAUGAAUUUUAA